AUGUCGCGAAGCACAGUAUCAAGCUACAAGACAAGAUCAGGGAAGGAUGGUUCCACCAAGUCGUCUUCCGUUAGCAAUGCAGCUGCCAUUGCCCACGCAAAGGCAGAAGCCGCGAAGGUCAAAGCAGCCUUUGCCGAACAAGAAAUGAAGAUGAAAGAAGAAAGGGCUGAGAAAGCAAAGCAACAGGUCCUCUUAGAUGCAAAGCUAGAGAAGCUCGCCGUAGAGAAAGAAACUGCAGCUGCCAUAGCUGAAGCAAAGUUCUUUGAAGCAAUGGAAUACCCUAAAACCGAAAGUCACCGCAGUGUGCUUAGUCCAGAACUCGGCCAGCAAGAUCCUGUACAACUCACUUCAGAGUACGUCCGUCAACACGCUAGACCAAACAGCAAUGCUGAUCCAUUCCCAGGAACCGAAGAUGUCACUUAUGCCACAGAGGAAUCAUACCGUACAAAAGAAAGAAUCACGCUCGGAACCCAGUCCUACAAACAAGAGAGCCCAGAGCCACGUGACAAAACUCGAGCUAACUUCCCUGCACACCAAGGAAGCCAGCUUCCAGUCCAGCCUGCAGAGCCACCGUAUCCUACAAGACGGUAUGACAUGGGCUGGCCUAAGUCACAGACGCCAUACAGGCCUCAAAGGCAAUGUUUGCCUAACAACAGAGAGCAAGUCUACAGACGUUUUGUUUCUCUAAGACGUAGCUUCCACAAGAAGCCAGAAAUGAAAGAUCACUUCUUUACUUUCAUAAGGAAAAUAUUUGAGAAUGGUCAUGCUGAGAUCAGCUAUGGAGCCACCGAACACUCGUUAUCCGAUAGGUUCCUCUAUCCACAUGUCUUCAGAACUGUCCAGAAUCACCACAUCCACAAUAUGGUCAUCACCAAACUGUUGGAGCACUUUGGCUGGACCUGGGUUGGGAUUUUAGUGUCGGAUGAUGAUACCGGAGAGAAUGAACUGCAAAUACUGACAAAGUACAUGAGCGAGCACGGGAUCUGUGCCGCCUUCACCAUAAAACUUACACAGCAGAAUGUCAAUGACAAUGAGCGGAUUUUACAAGUUUUGAAGAAUCCACAAAUCAAUAUCAUUAUAAUGUGUGGGAGCUUAUCUGUCAAUGGAGUUCGAUUACUAAUUUACCAUUCAUCUGUAUCUAUAGACAAAAUCCUUAUCCUUCCACCGUCCUGGGCUUCCAGUUACUUCAUUAUAGAAUAUCAGAACCCAGAACUGAAUGGAAGUUUAGCAGUUGAAUAUUCAUUACAAACUUUUCCAGGAGAGGAAUAUUUGGUGGAAAUAGGAAAUUUUACACCAUGGGCCACCAGUGGAGAACAGCUUCACAUAAACACCCAGUCAAUAACAUGGAAACGGACAAAGGAGAAUACAGUCCCAGUAUCCCGCUGCUCAGACCCGUGUUUACCUGGAAGCCGGAAAAUGGCGAGACCAACAAUUCACACCUGCUGCUAUGACUGCGUCCCAUGUUCAGAAGGAGAGAUAUCCAAUAUAACCGAUUCUGACAGCUGCAUUAUGUGCCAAAGUGAUGAAUGGCCUAAUGAGAAGAGAGACCGAUGCCGGCCCAAAGUAGUGGAAUUCAUCUCUUACCAGAACGACACCAUUGCUUCUGUCUUCUCCUGUGUCUCAGUCUCCGGAUGUCUUGUGACCGGCUUCAUAUUUGGAAUAUUCAUUUCCUAUCGAGACACUCCUAUCGUUAAAGCCAAUAACCGGAACCUGAGUUAUCUCCUCCUGGUCUCCAUCAUCCUCAGCUUCCUCUCUGUCUUCUUGUUUCUGGGUCGUCCCAAUGAUGUGACUUGUAGAUUACGUGAAACCAGUUUUGGAAUCUUCUUCUCAGUAGCCGUCUCUUCACUUCUCGCCAAGACUGUGAUGGUUUGUGUUGCUUUUAAGUCCACCAAGCCUGGAAGCCCUUGGAGAAAAUGGCUCAGUGUGAAACUACCAUAUACCAUAGUGUCAUUGUGUUCAUCCUUUCAAGCUGUAAUCUGUGUUAUCUGGUUGUCUAUUUGUCCUCCAUUCCAGGACCUGGACACUGACUCUUAUCCUGGGAAGAUCAUCAUUCAGUGUAAUGAAGGCUCAGAUAUCUGGUUCUACUCCAUGUUGGGUUAUCUGGGGCUCCUGGCAGGUGGGAGCCUUGUUCUGGCUUUCAUGGUGAGGACAUUACCGGACAGUUUUAAUGAGGCCAAGUACAUCACCUUCAGCAUGCUGGUGUUCUGCAGCGUCUGGAUCUCCAUGAUCCCGGCUUAUCUGAGCACCAGGGGAAAGAACAUGGUGGCUGUGGAGAUAUUUGCAGUAAUGGCUUCCAGUGCUGGACUUUUAGGUUGUGUGUUUUUCCCAAAAUGUUUUAUUAUUUUGUUUAAAUCUGAAAUGAACAGAAAAGCUGACCUGCUGGGGACAAGAAAGAACUGA